UCCUCCUAGUUUUACUUCCUCAACUACACAGAAAAAAAAAUUGCUUACAAAGUAUCAGCUGGCUGCCACUCGUAUUUCUAGCUUCUUAGUCAUAGCUGUGGUGUUAAUAUUAGCAAUAAUGAUGAUGAUGAAUGUGGAAAGAUAUGUGCGUAUGGCGCUGGAAACUUACUGCGUAAUGAUGAUAAGCAAUCACAAAGUCUCAAAGAAACGUUGAUCAGUUGGAGAGAAGUUCAGACUGAUUAUACAACAAUAGACUGCCAUCAAAGUAUUCAGGAAUUUUCUUCUCGGUUAAUGUUACGCUUAAUUAUACUUUAUAGUGAUAUGUUUCAAUAGAAUCUGGCAGGUCGUGGUUCCUGAGGACCCCUAGUGGAUCGUUUACAGGAACAAAAAGGAAGCCGAGUGGCACCGCUGGCAGGCGGCCAGCAGCUCGGCUGCAGUCAGAAUGAAUCGUGCGCCGCGGGAUCACACGGGCUUCUCGGACAAACACGAGAAAGAAAAUGCCGAGUUUUGUUGAUUACCUGCUCUUUGAUCGACGUCUUGCGAUGUAUCAGGACACAAAGGAUGGUCUGCAGUGAUUCAUACUGAUUUACUAAAGAGAAGAGUGUAGCGAUGAUGAGCUCAGGCAUGCACAAGCCACCUCUGGCCCCAAAACCAAAGCUGGUCCACCCCCAGAGGUCAGAGCUCUCCCCUUCAACCCCCAGAAGAGAUGACCUCUCGCUCCCUUCUCCGAGCACACCGAGGAGGGUUAAACCAGUACUGGCCCCCAAGCCUUGCCUCUCCAAACUCACCACUGCUGUUGAAUCCAAACCACUUGCUUCAAAGAGCCUGCACCAAAAGUCUGUAACAGAAACCCCGCGGACCGAGGGUCUUCUCAACUCCCAAAAAGGAAUACAGCAAGAAAACAAAAAGCCAGAUUGGGAUUAUAUAAUACCUAUUUGUCUGUGUAGCAAUGAAAACUGCAUGUGCAUUCAGAAUACUUCAGCAAGCAAAGACAAAACGGAGAGAGACUUGAAAACAUCACACAAGGGUAAAACUGAAGCAAAUGGAAAGCCCCUAACUGCACCUCGAGGUACUUUGGAUAAUAGCGGAGAGAGAAUGAUCACCGCUUCCUCCAAUAUCCCCACAAAACAUAAAGAAACAUUAAUUUUAGACAAAAAUCUCAACACGGACAUCGAUACCGUGACUGCGCGGCCAUCUGUUCCUCACAGAACAUGGAGCGAUGAGGCAAAUGGUAACGUAAUACCUCAAAGUGCACCUGGGCGAGGACCAGAGGAAGAUGCGUUUGGCUCAGGGCAAAUUUCUUGUGUGCCCCAACCCAAGCCAGUCCUAGCAAGCCCUAGGAAACCCGUCCCUGUCCCUGUACCACGGAAACCCAGGACGGCUGUACUGACCCGUCAGGAAAAGGUGGAGGAGGAGAGGGAAGAGAUUAUAAGUCAGGAAGGGAGGGAUAUGAACGUCAAAGAGGUGAAGGUGUCAUCGGAGGGGAAGGACAGCUCAUCACUGUCUGUCAGUGUACCUGUUGAAAAGCGACCAGUUUUUCUGUCUGCGAGUAAAGCCUGCCCUAUGCCAGCUCCUCCGCCCAGGAAAAAGCCUUUUCUCUCUGCACCUGAGAAAACACCGACCCCUGCUCGCCAGACAGCCCCAGAGGAUGUGGAGGAGGAAGACCUGGGUUGGGACAGCAGCAGCCAUGAGAUGGAGGUAUCGGUUGACAAGGAAGAUGAAGAGGUGGAGAAGGAAGGAAUGCGCCAUCAGGAAGCAGUCUGCACUGACUUCACACAUAGUCCUCCUUGUAGCAGCUCUCUCAAUCAACCAGAGCUCAGCCAGCCUCCUGCCAUCACUGUGGCAGCAGAGGAUGCGCUAGUCAAGGUAACUCUGAAGAAACCCCAGAGACGUAACAGUCCGAUGGCAUGGAUGCAGAAGAAUGAAUCCACUGAGGAGAAAGAAGAGGAGACACUCGAAGAUAACAAGAAAAGGCAGGAUUGUGUUUUAAAGGAGAGAGCGAUGAAGGAACUGCCUUCCCCUCCAACUGAGAAAACAAGCAGAAACCUUUUUGCAGCUCAAACUGUCAAACCUUCUCGUUCCAGCCUGGGCAAACAGAGAGCCAAGUCGUUCUCUGCUGCUGACCUCAUUCCCUCUGAAGGACAGAAGAGGAACUCUUUCCGGAAACUGCUGGAUUUGAAGCUCUCGGUGAAGAUGCUUCCCAAGCUGAUAGUAAAAGGUGGCCAGAGCCCAGACUGCGCUACAAAUGAUAAUGAACAAAGCGUGAACAGGGACCACGAUGGAUGUCAGAACUUCCAUAACAAUCCCAGGACUGAACGUAAAUUCUCCUGCCCGCUGGUUGGAGUGGAGCAAAGCGUUGACGGAGAUGAGAUUUGUCCUGAAGCAGAGCAAGAUGUUUACUAUGAGAACAUUCCUUAUUAUGAGGAGAUACCAGACUACAUGAACGUGCGUGUGAAAAGGGCUGUGACAUCCACUCAGGCCUCCUUAUCGCAGCCUACAGCCUGGCAGUACCCAGUGUAUAAUGAUGAGGGCAUUUAUGAGGAGCAGGAGCCGUAUAUGCCCUUUGAGAAAAAUACUGGACAUCAACAGUGUCAGACACCACCGGACUGUGAGAGAAGCUCUGUCGAUGAGGAGGUGACACCCCCGGGUGAAGCGGAUGAUGACAUCCUUGCCAACACCUCAGAUGAGGAGGACGACAGCAGCUCCGUCUCAAGUAAAGGAGACCCCGAACAGCCAGAGGAGAGUCCGGUGCCCACUGGACAGAAGAAGAGCAAGAUUCACCACAUUGCCACAGAAAUUAUGAGCUCUGAGAGUGUCUUUGUCGAUGUCCUGAAGUUGCUCCAUGUUGACUUCCGUGAUGCGGUGCACAAAGCGUCUGGUCAGAGUGGGAAACCUGUGAUUGAGGAGCGGCUCCUCGACCAGAUCCUGUACUACCUCCCACAGCUCUACGAACUCAAUCAGGACCUGCUCAGAGAACUGAAGCAGAGAGUGGCCCAAUGGGAUGAAAAUGGACAGCUGGCAGACAUUUUCCUGAAGAAAGGGCCCUAUUUGAAGAUGUACUCCACAUACAUCCGUGAGUUUGACAAGAAUGUCGCUCUGCUUGAAGAACAGACUAAGAGGAACCCAGCAUUUGGCACGGUGGUGCGCGACUUUGAGGCCAGUCCACGCUGUGCCAACUUGGCUCUCAAACAUUACCUACUGAAGCCUGUUCAGAGGAUUCCUCAGUAUCAGCUCUUGCUCACAGACUACCUAAAAAACCUGUCUGAAGACUCUGGUGAUUACAAGGACACACAAGCUGCUCUUGCACUAGUGAAGGAGGUGGCCAAUCAUGCCAACGACAUCAUGAAACAAGGGGAUAACUUCCAGAAGCUGAUCCAGGUGCAGUGUAGUCUGAACGGCCACCAUGAGAUAGUCCAACCUGGGCGGAUCUUCCUGAAAGAGGGCAUCCUGAAGAAGCUGUCCAGGAAGGUCAUGCAGCCCAGAAUGUUCUUCCUGUUUAACGACACAUUGUUGUACACAACACCAGUUCAGUCAGGCCAGUACAAGCUCAACAACAUGUUGUCUUUGGCCGGGAUGAGGGUUAGCAAGCCAAGCCAAGAGGCCUACCAGAAUGAGUUGAACAUCGAGAGUGUGGAGCGCUCCUUCAUUCUCUCAGCAAGUUCAGCCACAGAGCGAGAUGAAUGGCUUGAGGCCAUUUCCACAGCGAUUAGUGACUACACAAGGAAGAAGAUCAGCUUUGUAUCUGGCAAGCCUCUGGAAGAGGUAGAGCUAAUCAACCAUGGUGAUGGUGCUCCUUUGGGAUCCAAAGCCCCCAUAUGGAUCCCGGACCCACGGACCACCAUGUGUAUGAUCUGCACCUGUGAGUUCACCCUAACGUGGAGGCGACACCACUGCCGUGCAUGUGGGAAGGUGGUGUGCCAGUCUUGUUCCUCCAACAAAUACUGUCUUGAAUACCUGAAGAACCGGUUGGCACGAGUGUGCGACCAGUGUUUCCUUGUUCUUCAGCAACAGAAAAGUGAGCAAGCUCUGUCAGCUGCUGUAUCCCCUGGAAGCAGAGCUACCUUUGCUUUCUCCAGGAAGCAGAAGAAGAUACCUGCCGCACUGAAAGAGGUGUCGGCAAACACAGACUCCUCAAUGAGUGGGUAUCUCCAGAGGUCGAAGCAUAACAAGAAGCAGGGGAAGAGGCUAUGGUUCGUCAUCAAAGACAAGGUCCUGUACACAUACGCUGCAAGUGAGGAUGUUGCAGCCUUGGAGAGUCAGCCCCUCUUGGGGUUCGUGUUGAAAGUGGAUUCAUCACAGAAAUCGAAGUUCAAGCUUUACCACAAAAACACCCUUUACUACAUAUUUAAAGCUGACGACAUCCAAACAGCACAGAGAUGGAUCGAGUCGUUCAAAGAAGCCACUGUGCUUUAAUCUCAGUCGACCGUGUGUGCAGCUGCUCAGCCCGCUUUUUUGCCCUCGCUUGAAAAUGUUUUACCUCAGUGCUCUCUGAGUUUUGCGCAAAGCGUCCGGAGACACCAUGCUAGUUGCACUGAAACAAAAAAUCCAAAUAUAUUAUUUUCUUGCUUUCAUCAGACAUACCGCUGUUACCCUUUGCAUUGUCUGAAGAGCACUCCUGUUGUGGCAGAAUUAUGCCACAAUCAUCUGCUCUAUUUUAAAAUGUUGUGCUUUGAUUUUGUCACAUUUUUAAUUUAAUUUUGUUUUCUAGCAAAUUUGCUUGUUUAGAACAGAUUUGUUGUUGUAGUCAGUAGAUUUGUAUUGAAUCUAUAUGUCAUAACAUUUGAUCCACAUUAUUUACCAAAAUAACCAAAUAACCAAUAAAUUUACCAAAUAACUUGCAGAGGACAAAACAAAAUAGCACGAUUAUUUUAUUUCACACUUAUGAAGCCAUCUGUAGAAUGCACAAUAUGUAUUCUACGUGCUUGGAUAAGAAACUAUCACUAUGCAUUAUUAAACCUUUCUUUAACUUUGAGACUAACCUGCAGUCUUAAUGGUGUAUCAGGGGAAUAUUCAGUGUUUGAACACAACUGUACCAUAAUUGUACUUAAGUAACUCACAUUGUUGUACAUAGAUUAUAUUGUUGCGCACUCCUCUGUAAAUAAACGAUUGUAAAUUAAAUGUAUUCAAAUUCGUAUGAAUCUCACUGUUACUGUUUAAAUUGUGUCACAGAAAUAAACGUUUGUUUUAAUGU